UCUCAGCCUGCUCGGAGAGGAGGGUGGUCUCUGAGAGCGAGCGGUCUCGGGGAAAUCGUCCUGUUAGCGGGACGGGGAGAGGAGGGGGGAGAGUGUGCUGUCAUCUCGGCGGCAGGCUGAGGGUUCAGAGUUGGGCUGUGUUUGCGUUUCUUUUUAUUGUUGUUAUUGUUUCUGAGAGGACAGGGACGCGGCUCGCGCGGAGGGAAAGAACAAAAACAAGGAAAGAAGAAAAAGAAGAAGAAGAAGAAGAAAUAAAGCAGCGGCAGCGGCAGCGGCGGCUCAUGGCAGCGAAGAAAGCGUGCGCGGACCCGAGCAAGCGGAGCCGAAGUCCCGUCGUGCUGGAGGCGGAGAUGUUCAGCGAAUUUCAGGAGUGGUGCCUCCGCACGUACGGAGACUCGGGCAAGACGAAGACGGUCACGCGCAGGAAAUACAACAAGAUCAUGCAGACGCUGCUGCAGAGCGACGAGGCGGACGGCGGCGUGUACGUGGACAACAGCCACAUCAACGCCAAAUUCAAGUUCUGGGUGAAGUCCAAGGGCUUCCAGGUCGGCAGCAGCAGCAGCAGCGGCGGCGGCGGCGGCGGCAGCAGCGUGUUGGGCGAGCACAACAAGAAAGGGACGGCGCCGGGGAAGCCCGUGCUCUACGUGCCUGUCAAGUCCACGGUAAAAUGCUCUGAUGGUGGACAGUCGCAGGACAGCUCACUGAAGAGGGUGGCGGUGGUGGAGGAUUUCUUCGACAUCAUCUAUGCCAUGCAUGUGGAGAUGGGCGCAGAUCCAGGCAGAGCACCCAAACAUGCCGGCCAGAAGAAAACCUAUAAAGCGAUUGCAGAGACGUACGCCUUCCUGCCCCGCGAGGCGGUGACCCGCUUCCUGAUGAGCUGCGGGGAGUGCCAGAAGAGGAUGCAUAUCAACCCCAGCACUGCAGAGUUCAAAGAAAAUGACCGGCCCACCUCUCUGGUCCCGGACCUCAUCGACUACAACAUGCCUCUUACUGCCACCUACCUGAAACAGAUGAAACUGCAGUGCAUGAACACCAACGAGCAGGAUGAGAGUUCGGUGAGCAGUGAGGAUCUGGACAUGGCCGAGCCAGCAUGGGUCGCUACUGAGCGCACACCAGCACCCAGCGGUACUCCUGAGCAGCGGCCAGAGAGGAAGCCCACCCCUCCAAAGCCCAGCAUCAAAGAGGAGGAAGAUGACUCCUCCUCUGAGAGCGGCAGCACUGCUAACGGUCUGCCUGCACUGACUCCACCUGGCGGUACUGCUGUGGUAACAGGUGGCGUUCCAGUGUCAGAAGGCAUAGUUCCUUAUGGAGAAGUGAAUGGUAAUGGAGCUGCAGCGCCGCUGGACUUCAGUACCACCUCAUCUUCUUCUUCCUCAGAGGAAGGCCAGCAGCCCGUCAACCUUAGCGAUAGACUGUUGCCGGGGGUCACCCCUCCUCUCGGAACAUAUCCUGCGGACCCCAACAGGAAAUAUGCUAUUAAAACAGAGUACAACAAUAAGUCUCCUCAGUACAGCUCAGGAAGCUACGACUCGGUGAAGACUGAACUGAGCAUGUGCACUGAGGAUCUGAACACAGCGCGCACUCAGGUCAUAGAUGACGACGAUGAUGAUCAUGACGAUCACGACGACAGUGACAAGAUAAACGAUGCGGAGGGAUUGGACCCCGAGCGACUCAAAGCUUUUAAUAUGUUUGUGCGGUUGUUUGUGGAUGAGAAUCUGGACCGGAUGGUGCCUAUCUCCAAGCAGCCCAAAGAAAAGAUCCAGGCCAUCAUCGAGUCCUGCAGCCGCCAGUUCCCCGAGUUCCAGGAGCGCGCUCGCAAACGCAUCCGCACCUACCUCAAAUCUUGCAGACGCAUGAAAAAGGGAGGCUUUGAGACACGGCCCACGCCCCCCCACCUCACCUCCGCCAUGGCCGAGAACAUCCUGGCAGCUGCCUGUGAGAGCGAGACACGCAAUGCUGCCAAAAGGAUGCGCCUCGACAUCUACCAGACCCACGAUGAACCAAUCACUGCAGAUAAGCCCAACUCCAGGGACCCGGCCGCCCUGGCCCACUCAGGCUUCUCGUUGGCUGCCUCAGCCUACUCCCAGGACCAGCUGUACACCAAUGGUGGGCUCAAUUACAGUUUCCGUGGUUACGGGGCCCUAGGCAACAGCCUGCAGAACAGUGGGACGACUCAGAGCAAUGGCCCUACUGACCUUAGCAUGAAGUCCCUGGGCUCCAGCUCCUCCUUGUCCUCCACUUCUAACAGCCAUGGUCAGGGUAGUGGUGGUGGUGGAGCGUCGGCCCAGCUUAGCCCACCUGAAGUGACCGCCGUCCGGCAGCUCAUCGCAGGCUUCCGCGAGUCCGCAGCCUUCCUGCUCCGCUCAGCCGACGAGCUGGAGAACCUCAUCUUGCAGCAGAACUGAGAACUCGCACUACACACGGUUCAGUUGUGUCUCUGUCUACACACAUACACAGACAUGCACACACGCACAAAUGUGCACAGACAAGCGCACACAGAGGCAUACAUAAAUUGGGAUAUGCACAUUAGCAGAAAAGUUAUAUGUAGCUACAUGGCCGCACACACAGACACACAGUCCCCACUUUAUAGAGCUACCUAUUUUACAUUUCUCAUGACAGCCUUAUCUUCAUUAUAGUGUCUUUACCAAAUUCCCUUAGCCCUUGAUUAGAUUUGCAGCAGGGCACAACUCCCCAUAUGCUGAAUGAUUUGAGGAGGCUAUGUAUUUGCGUGAUGGAGAGAUUUGACUUUGGACAAUGAUGUCAUAACAUAGCACUGUAUAGAGCACAAUCUUUGAGACCAUUCAAUGGCUGAUCACAUUGCAGCACUUGUGAAGAAUAGAUUAAUCUACACAAUCAAUUCCUUAUAACCAUCUCCAUUACUCAGAGUGUUGCUAGAAUAAGCACAUGAUGUAAUUUCAUCUAUGAUUGGAUCAUCAGUGGCUGUAGUGUUGGUAAUAUGGUGGGGUCAUUUGUUCCUAUCAGUCUGCUGCAAUUCUGCUUUUCUCCGUGUGGAAGGCUCAGCAUUGUUGGUUAAUCUUUUUUUUUACAUUUUAAAAUGUAUUGAACAUAAAACGAAGCCCAGUUGAAGUUAUUUGCUCAAAUAGAUCAACUUAGUAAAGUCGAAUAGUUCUCGUUACAUGUUUUUAUGGCCACGGUUGUCAUCAGUUCUUAGUCAGCUAUACAGCGAUUGCCGUCAAGACAGAAGACUAAGAGGUUGUUUACACCUUGAAUCAGCAUGCAUUUUUGUGAUCACAGUCAGAAACAAACCAGGAUGCACUGUGUCACAUUUGGAGGCUGUGAGAGAUGGAUCUUGACCGCAUUCAAGAUAAGUGUAAAUGAAUGUGUUUUCGAUAUCACCAUACAGUUACAUAUUCCCAGAAAAGUGAUAGACAGAUUAAUCAUCAACCGGCAAGCCUAAAAACAAAACACAACCCAUAAAAAAUCAUUUCAAAACAGAUCUAAUUGAAAUCUGUGUCUAAAUGGCUGAGCCACAUUUGGAGUUGUGGCAUACUUGAUAUAUUCACACAUUAGAGCACUCACAUCAAUUAAAUUCUGCAUAAAUGGCAAGAGAUUAAAAAGUGUGUGAAAUAUGGAACAUGGUACUGAUAGGUGGGGUAAGGCACACAUGUGUAUAUGAAGUAAACAGCCUGAAAUCGUAUUAAACAUAUCCUAUGCAAGAGCCUGGUUUUGUUUAAACACAUUAAACAGUGGUUAAUUGGUUAAUCAUUUACAUUCCUAGUUGGCAGGUAAAAAUCCCUGGUAAAGAAGUUUACCAGAAGCAAAACGGAAACAGAAAUGUUAAUGUACUUUUUAUGUGGGAAGCUAAAAUCGGAUCUCAUCUGAUCUAGAUACUGGGCAUCAAACAAUGUUAAUGCAAGGUGUAAACAGCUUCUUAGAGAUCUAAAAUAAAUCACAUGUACAUCCAUUUGUCCAGCUAGACACUCAGGUCUAAAUUGAGCCCACCCAGCACCUUCAGGUACACUGUCUGUAUAUUCAGGGGCUUAAUUUGAUUAAUCAAAAUAUCCAGUGGGAUGGCAAAAUCUUAAUCAGUAAAGAUGUUAGGUUGCCAUAGAGAUGAGCAUGUAGCAUAAACAACAUACAGCCAUGCUAAGUAUGACCUCAAGAGAUAUAGAGAUAUUAUCUAAGAUGUAGAGGGGGAUAUACUGUAAGAUAUUUGACAUUUGAUUAAUGCUACUGAGGUUGGGGAUAAGGUGCAAUGUUCACAGUAAUUGUUAUGGUGUGUCAUGCGACACGUCCAUUAUUUACAUACAUUUAUUCUUUCUCAUAUAUACGCAAAAAACAUACAAACAAAAAAAUUCUACUUAAAGAAUUGAUGCUCGAUGUGAAUUGCUAGAGAUGGUUCAGUUCUGUCGAAGGUGUACAUCAGACUGUUCAACAUUAUGCAAAUGAAGCUGUGCUGAGUGGAAGCUCGAACCCCCCCGCCCUCCCCCCCAUCCAAACCCCUCCUACACACUCCAUCGCCUUGGCAACCCUUUGCCCUCAGCAUUCUGGGAGACACACACUCACAGAAGGAGCAGAUUGGCGGCAGCAAUCUCGCUGUGAGGUGCCUUCCAGAUGAACCGGCAUAUCCAUAUGUGAAACGAAAAAAGACAAAGAACUGCAUUUCCCAUGCUGCAUUGUAACGAAUUUUGUUAAGUUGUGAAUGCUGCUCUUGUUUUCUAACCUCAUGACUAAGUCACUUUCAUACUGCACGGGGACCAAUCAGAAUCAUCAGAGAGACUUAUUUAUGUACAUAUGCACAAGUUUAAGAGGGACCUAAUUAUCAGUAAAACGAGGCCAAAGCUUAAAAAAAAACUCCAUACUGGAUAUACCAUAAUUUAUGUGAUGUCAGUCGUCUUCUGAUUGGCUGGAAACGUCAGUGAUUGGCAGAACAAAACGGGAAUGAUUAACUGGAAAGUCUCAAGCUUAUGUCUCCACUUCCUCUUGAGGAAAUGACAUUUGAGUAGUAUAGACAGCUAUUCCUUGACGGAUGCUACAACUCUGAGCCUCCUGUUUUUGCUUGUCUCCCACCCCCCCGGCCCACCCACCCCCCGUCUUGAUUUCAAGCAAAUUCUGUUAUCAGAUUAAAAAAAAAAAAACACACUAUAUAAAAAAAGCAAAAGACAAUCUCGGAGAAGAUCAUAUAAACCACGUAAUGCUGUAUUAGCACUUGCUCCUUGUUUCAAGCCUUUAACACGGAAGUGUAAAUAUAGCAAGUGUUAUAGCCAUACUCAAAAAAACCUGUUCACCCGAGAGAUACAGUAUUCUUACUGGGGGGUAACCAUUAAGAGGAGCAAUGCAUUUUGGUAGGUAAUUAGGUAACAUACCCACAUUUUAUUUAAUAUGUAGAACUGAUUUUUAUUUUCAUUUCCUUAUAUGUUUAUUUAUUAUGUAAGACUACAGGGUUUAUAGAACUCUUUCUUUAAGACUCUGACUGUAAACGGAAUUCACCUUGUGUCUCAACAUUCCAGACUUAGACGUCAGUGCUCAAAGCAGUCAACUCGGUCUGCCAACAGCGGAUGCGGAAUCCAACCUCAGCCAAGCGUGAGCAGAACAUAGAUAUCUGUGUGAUUUUGAAAAGUCAAAUUCCUUUCCUUUAUGUUUGACAUUCACCAAUUCAGUUCAGUUCCAAUUCUGUCAGCUGCAGUUGUAGCACUGACAAUAAUAAGGACAAAUCAAAAGCACAUUUACAGUAUGAUUCCAACAUGUUUCCCAGUACUUUGGUACAAGAACUGAAGAAAACCCAUUGGCUUGUAUUGUAAAAGUCAACAGGGUUCUUCUGUUUUUUUGCUAAGUACUGAGAAACACAUCAAACCGAUUGUGCUAGUGGACAGUAAGUGAUACUACAGAGGGGGCUGGUAGAAAUUAGGUUGCAAAACAAUUCAAUAUUUAUUUAUUAAUCACUUUGUGAUUUGGUCAGUUUACAUAAAACGUAGUCGCAUAUUGCUGGCAUCUGCAAUCUGAAGUGAUCUGGAAUGAUGAUAAAAUACACCUGACCUCACACAAGCCAUAUAUUUGGAGCACAGUUCAGUUUCAUUUAUUGAAAAGCGUAACAUAUUGAAAAAAUCCUCAAUCAAGUAUGUGGCUAAAGGUAAUAAAGGUUUACACUCCCCCACAAAUAGACUGUAUAUUAUGAGUCUAUUGAGGCUUAUAGAGAAAAACAAAAAUCUUCAAAAAGUUCACACCACUGUAUCUUGUGAGUUCAUCGUAGCUGAAGGGACCAGGCUGAUUUGCUGUGAGUCCCUAAAGAAGGAUAGGAGGUAGGAUAGUAGUCAGUGCUUUCUCUUUGAGUACUUAUUCCUUUGUUUUUUUCUUUUUCUCGGAAGUACCAGGCAUUUCAAUCAGCCUAAUGUGGCACAUCAGCAUCAGUGUAUAUGUGCUUAGUAUGCACUUCUUUUUUUGACAUUUCAUGUGAAAUGACAGCAGUAAUGUAUGAACAUUGAUAUUUCUCAUUUGAGAACAACCCCUGAGAGCUCUGUGAUCAUUUCACAAGGUAAAACCCAAGACAAACACGCCUAUAUACACACACAUACACACACAACUACAAACACCUUACACACAAGUAGGAAAAUACUGAAAAUUUUGUGGGUGGGGGGGGAGAAAAUGCUACAACUUAUUUUUUUAUAAGUGCAGCUGAGGUCUGCAAUCAAAAUGUGGUAAAACAACCAUUGCCUGUGUUCCUUUAAUUUUGUGGUGCUUUGUAAUAUUAUUGUUAUUGUUAUUAAUAUGAUUAUUGUAUUUUAUUUGUUUCUACUCCUGUACCUACUGGAAACCGUGAGCCGAAGCAGCGGUUUUCUCUUUGUAUACCAAUGUGAAGCUUUGUAUUAUUUCUUUCUGGUUUUUUGACUCAGUGGAAGUGUGUGAUGUUUACAUGUACAGAGGAUCCGAUUCUUUUUGUCGUUGUUUCUUUUUCGUUCGUUUAAAGACUCACCCCUCCGCUCAGCCCCCUACAGCCUCUGUUUUAGGACUUGAGUUGUUUCUCGAAGCUAGUGCACGGAGGGGCAAUGUUAGAAGGUUAUGGAGACUUUGUUAAACCACUGUUAAGGUCCUUGCACACGUUACAAAUAUGUCAUGUAUAAAAUGCGUUUCUGUGACUGUUGUUGCUCCAGGGUGGUUCAUGUUAGUAUUCCAGGGCAUAUCUGUAAAUGAGAAUACUCUCAUUGCACGUUCCUUGACAACUGUUUAUAUAUAUAAUCGUUUUUUCUUACAGUCUCACUCAGACUCCAAGUCUUUAUAAUGAUUCACUGUUUCCCCGUUGUAGUGCUACUGUAAUAGAAGCCUGUUUUCAUUUGCAGGUUUGGUUUACCUCUCUCUUAAAACACUGUUCAUUUUUUUUUUUUUUUUUUUUUUUGCACCUCAGAAGUGCAUUACUUCCUCAGCUUUAGACCCGAAAGGAAACAAGGCUGGGAACCAUGUGCAAGGGCCUUUAGAAGCAUUAUUACGGUCAUUGCUGGUGGGUGAAGGUGCUGGAUGAGAAAAAAAAACAGCAAGAGAGCAGCAGAGAGCUUCUUAUCAGCUCAAAGUGCAACACCAAUCCUCCUCCCCAAAAUGCUACGGAGCAAAAUGGCCUGCAAAUGAUUUUUUUGACCUUCACAAAGACUUGAAAUGUUGUUUUGUAAGUAAGGCCAGUGAUAUAGGGCCUUCUCACUCUGGUCCACCCACUAAAGAAUUUCCAACGUAAUUAUGGUCUCUAAUGUUUGAAUUUGCACUUUGACCUUUUGUAGAAGCUUCUCAGUGAUUUAAAAAAAGCCAUUCCCCUCAUGUUGUUCGUCUAUAUGGGGAACAUAGGAACCUCAGGAACCGUUGAAUCUCUGAGUUUUUUUUUUUUUUUUGUUCGUUUGUUUGUUUUUAAUCCAGGCCAAUAUGUCCUGACCGACCAGUCCUCGCUCUCUCUCUCUACUACCACGUCAUUUAUAUCGGAUUUGCUAUAUAUCCUUUUUUAUAUUUAUUAUUGUGAUUUAAAGGUGAAUCUUCUUUUCAGUACAUGUGGCUGAAUAUUUGAAUUCUUUAGAAAAGUGUUGAUAAAUAUAAAUAUAUAUAUGAAUAUAUGUGAAGCGGCUAAAAGAUGGAAAAUAUGGCAGGUAAUUCCAUUUCUGUUUGUUUCAUGCAAAAAAAAAAAAAAAGAAGAGGAAAAAAAAACGCACGGGGAGGGAGGAGGGGGAGUUUCCCACCUCGAACAUAUCACUCAUUAUCGAGAUGAGAGACUCAUUAUCGUCUGAAAAAGACUCUUUUUACAUUUUCAGUGUGGUGUCAACGCUACGGUCUGAAAAACUGUCUGGUUUUCCACCUGCUGCAGAGUUGCUAGGCUCUUUCCUCCAGAGGUGUGUGUCACUGAGUUGCUGAAUAAAACAGUGAGCUGAAAAUCCA